AUGAUACCUUUUAUUCUUCAUCUUUUGGGGAUUUUGAGCCUGUUAUUCCCCGUUCACGCUGUCGAUGUCAUUGGCCGUUUACAAUGGAAUGACGUGUGCCCAGGUCUGCUUGAGCUAGGGCCGUCGAAAGUAGUACUGGAUAAUGGACGAAGGAGCGGGAAUGUAGUUCAAGAUGGUUCCUUCACGAUAUAUGAUGUCCCCACUGGAACCUACAUCCUCUCUGUAUUAACGCACGAUUUUGUCUUUGACCAGCUGCGAAUAGAUGUCCUUCAGGAUGCCAUAGUAGAGGUGCGACCGUACCUCCCUGGGACGCCAUUAAACCCGCCUGUUCCGAAUCGCUUGCAGUAUCCGUUGGCUCUUACUCCGCGAACAAAGCACAAGUAUUUUGUGCCGCCUGAUUCAUUCAACAUGCUCGGCAUGCUCAAGAGUCCUAUGGUGUUGAUGAUGGUCUUUACGGGCGCGAUGGUGUUGGCUAUGCCUUACCUCAUGAAAAAUAUGGACCCCGAAGCACUAGAAGAGUUCAAGGAGCAGCAAGCCAAAGUGGCCAAGAUGCAAAGCGCUAUGACGAACGGUGACUUCAAAUCAGGCUUUUCUGCGUUGUUGCCUGCGGGUGAUGAAGCGCCGAAGGAGACGCAGUCAUCUUCCACUUCGACCGGCACAUCUAAAGGCUCACAAGGCAGCAAAACCCGGGGAAAGAAGCGGAAAUAG